UGCGCAGAGCUUUUUGGGUCGUCAAGGGGGCAAGACGUUCGCGCUUGCGGGGUGAAGUCGGCGGGAAAGGCGUCCCGGCGACGCAAUAUCUUCUGUGUCUUCAUCAUCGUCACCGCCGCGGUCUUCCUGCCAGUUCACCACGGCCGAGAGGCUGACGAUGCCCCUUCGACACCAAAUUUCAGUGUACGCCCCGGACACAAGGAACCACGGCGACAGCCCCCACACAGAGGGCAUGGACUACCUGCUGAUGGCCACCGACCUGGAGCUCUUCUGCAAGGAAAGGGGCCUGCAGGAGGCGGCCAUCCUGGGACACAGCAUGGGAGGCAGGGUGGCCAUGACCUUUGCGCUGACGCAACCAUCCAUGGUGGAGCGCCUGGUGGUGGUGGACGUGGCACCGACCUUCAUGCCCCCCACCAUCGAGAGCGAUUUGCUCACCUGCGUCAGGGCCACGAGGGACGCGCUGAAGCAUAUCUCCCCCGAGAUGAGCUCUCCAGCCGCGCGCAAGGAAGCCGAGAAACAGCUGGGUCGCGUCAUCCAGGUGCACGACGUAGUGAAGCUUCUCCUGACCAACCUUCGCAAAGGAGAAUGCAGUUACGAGUGGCAAUUCAAUGCCGAGACGCUGGAGUCGUGUGCGCGCAACAUCACCCAGAUGCCGGAACUGAAGGGUCUGACUUACGAUGGUAGGGUGCUCUUCAUCUGCGGACGCAACUCAAUCUGGGUCAGGGAAGAGCAUCACGGUCCAAUCAGGGAACGGUUUCCGAAAGCCGACAUCGUGUACGUGGAAAACGCGGGGCAUUUGGUUCAAGUCGACAAGCCCGCAGAAUUUCUAAAGCUGGUCACCAACUUCCUGAAAUAUGACGACACAUGAGAGUUGCACCUGUUUGCUGCUGUAUCAUGUCUUCGUCAACAGGUUUGUUCAUAUAAACCUUUUCUGUGUACUUUCGUCCCCUGCCACCUAGUAGGCGUAUCCGGUAU